AUGCCUGCACUGGUGCGUCUCGUGCGUCGUCAAUCUCGUCUCUUUUCGAGUCCCCUAUUGCACACAAUGAGCUCUACGGCUCGUCGUUCUUCCAGUGCAAAAGCCACUGCAAUUACGCGCUUUUUGGACGAACACGGAGCGAUUCGAUGCGGGCAACGGACCGACGACGGCUCGACAGCGCUACUAAUCGAAGGCGAUGACCCUUUAGGCACUUUGUACUUUACAGGAGAAACUGCUACGAUUGAAAAGGUGCUGGCUCCAGUGGUCCCAUCUCAGAUUCUUGGGAUCGGUCUUAAUUACCGCCAACACGCCAUGGAGACCAAGAUGCCAGAGCCCAAGUUCCCUGUGCUCUUUACCAAGGGCGUCAAUGCUCUGCAGCACCCCCACGAUCCUGUGGUGAUUCCUCGUGUGGCGUCGGAUCCUCCGGAAGUUGACUACGAGUGCGAACUAGCGGUAGUGCUGAAGGAGAGCUGCUGCAAUGUGACACAAGAAGAAGCACUGGCUUUUGUCGGUGGCUACACUUGUGCCAACGAUAUCUCCGCUCGAAGAUGGCAAGGCAAGAAAGGGGGAGGGCAGUGGUGCCGUGCCAAGACGUUUGACACGUUUUGUCCAUUGGGACCAGUCCUUAUUACACCAGAAAGCAUCCCCAACCCACAGACGCUGGAUAUUGCGACGUAUUUGAAUGGCGAACAGGUGCAAAAGUCAAACACGAGCGAUAUGAUCUUCUCAGUUGCCGAGAUCAUUAGUCUGCUGUCGCAGGACUGUACGUUGCCGAAAGGUACACUGAUAUUGACGGGAACACCAGAGGGCGUUGGUUUUGCUCGCGAUCCGCCACUUUAUCUUGCACCUGGUGAUAUGGUGGAGGUCGAGAUUGAGCGUAUUGGCAAGCUCGUGAACCCAAUUGUGGGCGCCUCGGCGCUCUGA